AUGGGGCUGUGCCACAGCCUCCGGCCGCUGCUCUUCGGGGACCCGGAGCCGCCCGUGGAGGGCGCGCGGUCCGACCUGGACCCGAUGCCGGACUUGGACCUGGCCCGGGUCCGGACUGCGGCGCAGGAGAGGCGGCGGCGCACCGACCAGCAGCGCGCGGAGGAGCGCGAGGCCAGGCGGAUCAGCAGAAGCAUCGACCGUCGGCUCCGCGAGCAGAGGCGCGACCUGCGGCGGACUCACCGGCUGCUGCUGCUCGGGGCUGGUGAGUCUGGGAAAAGCACUAUCGUCAAACAAAUGAGGAUCCUGCACGUCAACGGAUUUAAUCCAGAAGAGAAGAAACAGAAAAUUCUGGACAUCCGGAAAAACGUUAAGGAUGCUAUUGUGACAAUUGUGUCGGCGAUGAGCACCAUAAUUCCCCCCGUUCCACUGGCCAACCCGGAAAACCAGUUUCGAUCAGACUAUAUCAAGAGCAUUGCCCCCAUCACUGACUUUGAAUAUUCCCAGGAAUUCUUCGAUCAUGUGAAGAAGCUCUGGGAUGAUGAAGGCGUGAAGGCCUGCUUCGAACGGUCCAAUGAGUACCAGCUCAUCGACUGCGCCCAAUACUUCCUGGAGAGAAUCGACAGUGUCAGCCUGGUGGACUACACACCCACAGACCAGGACCUCCUCAGGUGCAGAGUUCUGACCUCAGGGAUUUUCGAGACCAGAUUCCAAGUGGACAAAGUCAACUUCCACAUGUUUGAUGUCGGAGGCCAGAGGGAUGAGAGAAGAAAAUGGAUCCAGUGCUUCAAUGACGUCACUGCUAUCAUCUAUGUGGCCGCUUGCAGCAGCUACAACAUGGUCAUCCGGGAAGACAACAACACCAACCGCCUGCGGGAGUCACUGGACCUUUUCGAGAGCAUCUGGAACAACAGGUGGUUGCGCACCAUUUCCAUCAUCUUGUUCCUGAACAAACAGGAUAUGCUGGCAGAAAAAGUGCUGGCAGGGAAAUCAAAAAUUGAAGACUAUUUCCCAGAGUACGCAAAUUAUACUGUUCCUGAAGACGCGACGCCGGAUGCGGGAGAAGACCCCAAAGUCACGAGAGCGAAGUUCUUCAUCCGGGACCUGUUCCUGCGUAUCAGCACGGCCACCGGCGACGGCAAGCACUACUGCUACCCUCACUUCACGUGCGCCGUGGACACGGAGAACAUCCGCCGUGUCUUCAACGACUGCAGGGACAUCAUCCAGCGGAUGCACCUCAAGCAGUACGAGCUCCUGUGA